CUGGGGCAAAGAUGUUCCCCUCCUUUGCAUCAGUGCUGUUGCUUGCAGCACUGUGCAGUGUGUGGGCCCAGGACUUUUAUGAGGAAAGGAAAUCUAACAAGAAAUCCAAGAACAAACCUCUGGCUGCAAAUAUCCAUGAUGGACAAGCCAUUCUAGAUGAGGACUGCAGUUUGGAGCUCUCAUUCCUGUUGGAUAGCUCUGAGAGCGCCAAAGACAAUCAUGAACAGGAGAAACAGUUUGCGAUGAACGUAGUGGACAGGCUCCAAGGGGUACGGCUGCAGACCGGCCGCAGCAUGAGCCUGAGGGUUGCUCUCCUGCAGUACAGCAGCCAUGUCAUCACAGAGCAAACCUUCAGGGACUGGAGGGGCGCCGAAAACUUCAAAACUCGCAUCGCUCCCAUCAUCUACAUCGGCCACGGCACUUACACCACCUACGCCAUCACCAACAUGACCAAGAUCUACCUGGAAGAAUCCAGUCACAGCAGCAUCAAAGUCGCUGUCCUGCUCACAGACGGCAUUUCCCACCCGAGGAAUCCUGAUAUUUUCUCUGCUGUUGCUGACGCAAAAAACCAGGGCAUCAAAUUCUUCACUUUGGGCAUCACCCGUGCAGCCAACGAGCCAGCAAACGUUGCCCAACUCCGGCUUCUAGCCAGCUCCCCAGCCUCCCAGUUCCUCCAUAAUUUACAAGAUGAAGACAUUGUUGGGAAAAUCGUCACUAAGAUUAUUGGCCUGGCUGAUGAAGGAUGCCCUCUGGCUCAGCGAUGCGCCUGUGAGAAAGGAGAGAGGGGGCCAAGUGGGCCUGCGGGGAAGAAAGGUCGGCCUGGAGAUGAUGGAGUCCCGGGGCUUAAAGGGCAAAAGGGUGAAGCAGGAUUAAGUGGCCUACCUGGGAGAGAGGGCGCUGAGGGAAAACCGGGAUACAAAGGAGAGCGGGGUGAGAGGGGCGAGUGCGGCACUCCAGGAAUCAAAGGAGACAGGGGUCCUGAGGGUCCAGUUGGUGCAAGAGGGCUCAGAGGUCUGCAGGGAUUACCGGGACCACAUGGAGACGUCGGUCCUGAGGGCCUUCCGGGAAAGCAGGGUGAGCGUGGUCAACCUGGUCCUCCAGGAAUUCAAGGGGAAACUGGUAUAGGCCUCCCUGGACCAAAGGGUGACAUGGGAUUACAGGGCCGACCAGGUCCACCUGGUCCUCCGGGAGUGGGUGAGCCUGGACUUCCUGGGCCUCAAGGACCACAGGGUGUUCAAGGGGAAAAAGGACCCCAUGGUGAGGGAUUUCCAGGACCAAAGGGUGAUCGGGGGCUUCCUGGACCAAGGGGGCCGAGGGGACAGCAGGGGGUAGGAACCAAAGGAGAAAGGGGUGACCUGGGGCCUUCAGGUCCUCCAGGGCCGGCUGGACCCACAGGAGUGGGCAUACAAGGAGAGAAGGGAGUUGAAGGUCCAAGGGGUCCUCCAGGAGUCAGAGGACUUCCAGGAGAGGGUUUACCUGGACCUAAGGGAGAUCAAGGUUUACCAGGAGAGCAGGGAGCUACAGGAGAUAGAGGCAUUGGCGAGCCAGGUCCUAAGGGAGAGCCUGGAGCAGCUGGUUUGGGUGGUUUGCCUGGUCUUCCAGGUGAGGAUGGAGCUCCAGGUCAGAAGGGGGAGCCUGGUUUGCCUGGUUUAAGAGGGUCUGAAGGGCCACAAGGAAUUGGCACCCAAGGAGAAAAAGGGGACCAGGGUCUGAGGGGCAUCCGUGGGUUACAUGGACCUCCUGGGAUUUCAGGACCUGCAGGACCAAAGGGUGAACGUGGGAUACCAGGCCAGCAGGGCAUGCCAGGGCAGCCAGGACGCUCCAUAGCAGGUCCAAAGGGUGACAACGGCCCCGCUGGUCCACCUGGUCCUGUUGGGGAAACAGGCCAUGGAUUACCUGGUCCAAAGGGGGAGCGUGGACAUCCAGGUUUACCAGGUCCAACUGGCUCAAAAGGCGAAGGCCACCCUGGCCCUUUGGGUCCUCCAGGAUUGCCAGGAUUACCAGGUGAGCCAGGUCCAGAGGGAAUAGGAAUCCCUGGUCCAAAGGGUGACAUUGGCUUCAGAGGACUGCCAGGUUUGCCGGGCCCACCAGGAGAGGGCAUACAAGGACCACCAGGUAAUGUUGGAAGGCAAGGACCUCCUGGUCCAACUGGACCUGCAGGUGAAGGUAUUCAAGGCCCAAAGGGUGAGCCAGGACCUCAAGGUAUGACAGGACCAAGAGGGCCUCAAGGGGACGGACUUCCUGGAGCUAAGGGGGAUCGUGGGUUCCAGGGUGAGAGGGGAAUAAAAGGUGCUAAAGGAGACCUGGGAGAUCCUGGAGUCCCUGGUGAAGCUGGGAGGCCAGGCGCUAAAGGAGAAGCCGGCCUUACUAGAGAAGACAUUAUUAAGCUGAUCAAAGAAAUCUGUGGCUGUGGAGUUAAAUGCAAAGAAAGGCCGAUGGAACUUGUGUUCGUCAUCGACAGUUCAGAGAGCGUCGGCCCUGAAAACUUUGAAAUCAUCAAGGACUUCGUCAUCAGACUGGUGGACCGGACCACAGUUGGACGCAACGCCACCAGAAUCGGCCUGGUCCUCUACAGUCUGGAUGUCCACUUGGAAUUUAAUUUGGUACGCUACAUGAGCAAACAAGACGUCAAGCAGGCUAUCAGGAAAAUGCCUUAUAUGGGCGAGGGCACCUACACUGGCACCGCCAUCAGAAAAGCAACCCAGGAGGCUUUCUUCAGUGCUCGGUCUGGUGUCAGGAAAGUAGCUAUCGUCAUCACCGACGGUCAAACUGACAAACGGGAGCCUGUGAAACUGGACAUAGCUGUGAGGGAGGCUCAUGCUGCUAACAUUGAGAUGUAUGCACUGGGGAUUGUCAAUUCUUCUGAUCCAACACAGGCAGAGUUCCUGCGAGAGCUCAACCUUAUUGCCUCUGACCCUGACAGUGAGCACAUGUACCUCAUUGAUGACUUCAACACUCUACCAGCACUGGAGUCUAAACUGGUCAGCCAGUUCUGUGAAGAUGAAAAUGGAGCCCUUAUUUACAAUCGUAUUACAAAUGGACACUGGAAUGGCAACAAUGGGCACAGCUAUGGUGUAAAUGGAAACGGUGCGAAUGGAGAAGUGACCACUGAAUAUAAUAUCUAUGGGAAUAAUGGUUACGGAAACACAGACGGCUACAAUUAUGAAGAGGAAAAUCAAAAUCAGAGACGCACCAUCAGUCGAGGACGUGGAGACACUUUCACACUGCCCAUAAGUGCUGAUCCUCUCCCUGUUCAGGUGGUGGAGGAAGAUGAGGGUGAAGAUUUAGACCUGAGAGCUCAUUCACGGGGCAGUAACACAGUAGCUGUAGUCAACAAAACAACUUUCAUAUCUGUUGGAGAAAGCACUACCCUCAAUGAGGCAGUCGUGUCAUCUUCAUCAUCCUCUGCCUCAUCCGAAUCCUCUUCAUCAUCUCUGGGCUCAGUUUCAUCUUUGAACUCUAAUCAGUUGCAGUCCUCAGUGAGUCUGGUGGUGCCUGAAGAGGCCCCUGUUCUUGAUCCUCGCUGUCUCCUCACCUUGAGCCAAGGCACCUGCAGGAGCUACACCAUCCGCUGGUACUACGACAAACAGGCCAAUGCCUGUGCCCAGUUUUGGUAUGGAGGCUGUGGUGGAAAUGACAACAAUUAUGAAACAGAAGAUGAAUGCAAGAAGACCUGUGUUCUGUUCAGAACAUCAGGAUAAAUGGAGAAGAAGUCAUCCUCACUGGAAUAAAUUCCACACACGAGUUAUUUCAAAGUGAUCAAUUUUUUCUCACCUGUGCUCAGAAAAUUCGUGCACUUUUCUAACACCUCUGUCCUCAAUCAAAAAUGUCAUUCUGGUUGAAUGGAACAAAAGUCAUAACCAUCCUAAUCAACUCUAUUGAACACACUCCUCCAACCCAAUGAGUGACUGACUUACUAAGCUACUCAUAAAGAUAUAAACUUUAUUACCUCAAAUAAAUUUUAUGGUGCUUGAUAAGUGAGGAUAACUCAUUUUCAGAGUUCGGAAAAUUUAAAAACAUUCUGUUUCUUAUUCUUAUACCUCAGUGAGCCAUCUCUUUACAUGUACUAAAUAUAUCUCUAUCAAUACAGGGAUGCUACGAUGUUUUAAAUGCAGAAAUAUGCAGGGGGGGGUUGUGUGCUCUGAAUGUUGUCAGAAGAAUGUGUUUAUAUGGGUUUUACUGGCAGCUGCGAUAGAUAGUCAUUUAUGUCUGUGUUAUCCUUUAACGGCCUGUCUGUUUGGACAG